UACGCGUUUCGUUUUUCGCAGCAGUUCGCAGCGGCGGCCGAAAAGAUUCGGUCGCAAAAUUCUGAAGGGGAAAUAAUUGUGAAAAAAAUUACGGAAAUAAUAUAAAACGCAUACGUCUACGCGAGUGGUUCAUCGUGCAGAGCGGUUUUAUUUACAAUUCAUCGGGAGUGUCGUGUCGAAAUGAUCCUGGAAGCGGAGCAUCCGCACCAGCGCGUCGCGAAUGCCGCCCAGGCUGUUCGCCAAUCGCACAUCCGCUGGCGAAUGUCGCACCUGUACGCGAUUACUGCCCAAAAAACGCAUUCGCGUGCCACUUGCUGCGGUCGCGUCGUCAGCCGCAAUCACUUUUUCAAGCACAGUCGCGCCUUCCUGUGGUUCCUGCUCUGCAACUUGCUGGUGGGCGGUGACCCCGCCCACUCCCAGCUGCUCAUCAACGUUCAGAAUCAGGGUGGCGAAGUGAUCCAGGAGAGUAUUACCUCCAACAUUGGCGAGGACCUGAUAACGCUGGAGUUUCAGAAGACGGACGGAACGCUCAUCACCCAGGUCAUCGACUUUCGCAAUGAGGUUCAAAUCCUCAAGGCCUUGGUGCUCGGCGAGGAGGAGCGCGGCCAGAGCCAGUACCAGGUCAUGUGCUUCGCCACCAAGUUCAACAAGGGCGACUUCAUCUCCUCGGCUGCAAUGGCCAAGCUGCGCCAGAAGAAUCCGCACACCAUUCGCACUCCCGAGGAGGACAAGGGCCGGGAGACCUUCACCAUGAGCAGCUGGGUGCAGCUGAACCGCUCCCUGCCCAUCACCCGCCAUCUGCAGGGCCUCUGCGCGGAGGCCAUGGACGCCACCUACGUCCGGGAUGUGGACCUCAAGGCCUGGGCGGAGCUGCCAGGCUCCUCGAUCUCCAGCCUGGAGGCGGCCACCGAGAAGUUCCCGGACACGCUCUCGACGCGCUGCAACGAGGUGAGCAGCCUGUGGGCGCCCUGCCUGUGCAACCUGGAGACCUGCAUCGGCUGGUAUCCCUGCGGACUCAAGUACUGCAAGGGCAAGGGAGUCGCCGGCGGAGCGGACUCCUCGGGCGCCCAGCAGCCGGCACAGCCGACGAAUUAUCGCUGCGGCAUCAAGACCUGCCGCAAGUGCACACAGUUCACCUAUUAUGUGCGGCAGAAACAACAGUGCCUCUGGGAUGAAUGACGACGCGGCGAGCUGCAGCUGAUGCAGAUGCAGAUGCGCUGCGCCAGGCGGCGGAAUGGGAGCGAGGAUGAUCCCAGUGCCACCUGUCCGGGUGGCGAAACCAGAGGAGUAGUAGCAGCAGCAACGACAGCGACCAUAACUGGGAGGAGGGAUGGCAAGGAUACGACGACAACAACGACGACCAACAAAUUACGCCAACUGCUUUUGUUGGUCCAGCAGCAGAUGCCUUUUGCUCUGUGGAGUUUUCCGGUCCAUCACAUUUCCCAGCCCCACUCCCAUUCAUAUUCCCAAUCCCAACAUAAGCCCAGCCAGCAGCAUCAGCAGCAGCAGCAUCAGCUUCAUUCUCAGGUUGCCCCCACUUCGCAUCACCCGUCAUCAUCGCCAUCAUCAUCAUCCGCAAUGGCCGCCAUCGUUGCGUGAUAAUGAACGCUCGAAAUACCCAACUUCCCCAAGCCCCAACUGCACGUCCAGGAAAAAACCGAGUGUUGACACUUUUUCCGCUCACGAUUCAAGAUUCUGGACGCCGUCAUUUGAAUAUAAGCCACUGGGGGUGGAGGUUGGGCCACAUCAAAAAAUAAAAGAAAAGGAGUAGAGCGAAAUAAAUGUAAAAAUGUGCUUCUGUAUACUAUGUAUAUAUAUGUAUAUUUAACGAUGAUUAGCUUUUAGCCAGCUUACGUUUUACGCUUAUGCCGGAUUACGUUUUAGACCUAGAUAAGGUGUACCUAUUCAAUUUAACCCCAGGUUAGGCACUUUUGAAACUUUGUCCUCUCAGCACUUACAUUUUUUCUUUGUUUUAUCCUAUAUUUUACAUUUUUUACCCAAAGAAUAACUAUAAAACUUGACAUUUUAUUGAUUCAA